UUGAGGGACGUCCAGCUCCUCAUCUGCGCUUUGUCUGUACAGCAUCAGCAUCAGCACCAGCCGCUGCGUGAGAAACAAACAGAGUCGCAUCCCCGCCGAGUGCAGCGCCGCGUGCGUGCGCUUCAUUCAAUCUGGAGCGUCAGAUGGUGCAGGAUGCGCCGCUUCUUUGUCCUCUUGUACACCCGGACUGAGCAAGUUAACAGUGAAAGGGACCAAUAGUAGUUGAGAGACCCGUGAAGACACGUCUGUGCUGCACUGAAAGGCUGCUCCAGGACGUGCGCUCGGAUUAUUGUCCUCACAUCACCGUUCCCGUGGAUUUCCUGCUGGACAACUAAACGCGCGCGCCGCAGCUUUAAGAGAAACAAAAGCAAAGCUUUUGCUCUUUAAAAUGUGUUAAUUCAGUUUCUUUCUCGCGAGGGAGGAGCAACGAGAGCGUAAACAACACUGGGUGGCUUUGUUUUUCACACCCGGACCCGUGGAAGAUCACAUUGACAUGUUUUUCAGCGCUGGAUUUGGAGAUAGCGUUAUUUCUUCACUAACUUAAGGAAGUGUUGUCCGCGUCUCUUUGACUUUGCGUACACGUCAAUUCUACUUUUUCCCAACAAGCUCAUGCAGUUUUCUUCACAUCUUUCUUCCUACUCGGUGGAGCGCUUGGGAUGCUUUUAUCGCAAGGGCGUAUUUGAUUCGCGUCUCUCGCCUCCGGAGUGAAGAAAGAUCCGUUUAAACCCGUUGCCUGGGCAUCGUUUUUGUGGAGUUACAGCGAUCCACGUGGAAACACGGACUCGACGGAGAGCAAGAUGGGCUGCUGCAGUGGCAGAUGUACGCUGGCGUUUAUAUGUGGCAUGCAAUUGAUCAGCAUCUUGGAGCGACAGAUAUUUGAUUUUCUCGGAUACCAGUGGGCUCCGAUCCUUACAAACUUCAUCCACAUCAUCACAGUGAUUCUAGGUCUUUUUGGGACAGUACAGUUCAGACCACGAUAUGUGACUGGGUAUGCAGUCUGGUUGGUGCUCUGGGUCGCCUGGAACGUCUUCAUCAUCUGUUUCUAUUUGGAAGUGGGCGACCUUUCAAAGGACACAGACCUGAUUAUGACCUUUAACAUCUCCAUGCAUCGCUCCUGGUGGAUGGAGAACGGCCCCGGGUGCAGGGUGACCCCAGUGACCCCUCCUCCAUCCUGGGCCCCGGAGGACCAUCGCUACAUCAGCAUAGCCGGCUGCCUGCUGGAGUACCAGUAUGUGGAGGUGGCCCACAGUUCCUUGCAGAUUAUCCUGGCUCUUGCUGGGUUCAUCUAUGCCUGUUAUGUUGUGAAGCUCAUUUCAGAGGAGGAGGACAGCUUUGACUUUAUAGGAGGGUUUGAUUCGUACGGUUACCAGGGGCCACAGAAGACGUCGCAUUUGCAACUACAACCAAUGUAUAUGUCAAAGUAAAAAGAGAACUGCCUUAUCAGCCAAUCAAAACGACGAACUGAAGUCUGAACUUGUCUUUCUACGUAAAUGUCUUAACAUGAUUGUGUCUUACGAACUGUCGGAGGAGCGCAGAGCCGACACUUUAACCUCAAAGACUCAAGCAACAGUGGGUUUUUCAUUGUCUUACACCCAGUCCAUCCUCCACCAGAGCGUCCGGCGCGAGAAAGCCCUCGUGUGGCCCGAAACCCUCACAAACUCUCAUCUCGCUCUGGACAUUAGCAGUGCAAACCCGGAGGAGAAGAUUGCGUCUAUGUCUGCUGACAGAUCUGCAAUAAGAAAGACUUGGAAUCGUGCAAUGGAGCGAGUGGAUAUCGUGUCAGUGUGAUUUUUCACCCAUACUUAAAGAAUGUUCUUUAACUUGUCAGUAUAUUAGUUAUCUAGUUCAACAAAUCAGCGGUGAGGAGUCGUUAAUCCCGUUGUGUUUACAAAAAGGCGAUUCCCAACACUUGGGAUUAACCGUCGGUGUUUAAAUACAACCCAAGUCGUUUUCUUUCUUCUUCUUUCUCCUGGAUGUACUUGUCUUGAAAGUGCCAAGAACAGUUACGGUAAAAAAUAAUAAUAAAGAAACAAGUAGCUGCUAAGAGAUUCAUUUUUUUUAUUAUUUUGACACGCCAGAGGAAAAAAGUAAACAAAGAAUUUAUGAUUUUAUCCGUUCGCCAUUGGAUCAGCCGUAUUUGUUUGCAUGAGGUGUCCGAAAUCUGUUGCGUAUUAAAUAUCUUUCAGCUAGACAUACAGUAGGCCGACCUUUGGAAGGGGCGUCAGUCGCUCCGAAAGGUUACUUGUGAAUAUUGUCGUUUUUUAAAAGACGGUGUUGAGUCUUGUUAACAAGAAUUAUGAAUAGAAAUCCAAUUGUAACUUCUUUCUAUUUUACGCCUUUUUUAACAUGUGUGCCAGUGUUCACUCUUUUCUAGUAGACUAAUAAUUUAUUAUGCCGUGUGUAAGUGGGCCUUUCUUUUCGAUAUACCUGUACAUAUUGAGGGGGGUGGGGAUAGAGAUGCAGUAUUUCUAGUGAUGUGACGUGCGAAGAGGUCUGUGGAAGAGUCUGCUUGGGUUAGAGCCUUUCCUUUUCUGUAAUAACGAGACCCAAGGUGAUUUCUGAAAGGAAUUGUUUGCUCAGAAAGGAGCAUCUGAUGUUGAUAUACUCACCCUUGGGACAUUUGAGAUGUGACUUUUUUGUUUUUUGGUAGAACAUUAAAGAAGAU